UAUAACAAUGUCCAAAGGAUACAGCUUUCUUGAUCAAAUAUCUGAUGCUAAGGAGACAUGGAGAAUUAGAGUGAGAAUAUGCAGAAUGUGGAAAGCAGUGAAUAAGAGAAGUGGAAAUAACUUCAUCAGUCUUGACAUGAUCUUUAUCGAUGAAAAGAAAAGCUUAAUGCAUGCAAUUGUAAGAAAGAAUGUGUUUCAGAAAUUUAGUACCAUCCUACGUGAAUGAGGAACCUUUAUCACUUCAAACUUUAAAGUAAUCGUGACAAAUAAAGGUUAUAGACUGGUUUCAAAUGACCUGAACAUCAUUUUCCUCUUAACAACUUCGGUUAAGGAGUGCAAUGAAGAAAGUGAACUCAUACCUAUGCAUGCCUUUGAAUUUGCAACAUAUGAUUGUAUCAACAAUCGUUUGAAUGACAAUUCUUACCUAACAGAUAUGAUUGGCAAACUUACUGCUGUUGGACCCAUUGAACAAGUUCACUUUCACAACGGCUCUACAAAUAUAAGAAAUCUCCAAAUUCUACUACCUGAGGACAAAGAGCUAAAAAUAUCAUUGUGGGAUGAAAGUGCUGAAACAAUUACUGAAAAUGACUUCAAAGAAGAUGAAGGUCCUUAUAUAAUUAUUGUUACUUCAACAACUGUAAAAGCAUUCCAAGGGAAACUGAAUCUUAACACCACAAGUGCAACUAAAAUUUACGUCAAUUUGGACAUUGCAGAGGUUUCUGAGCUCAUUGACAGAUAUAAAGUUGCUGAGGAUGAAUACGAUAAUGUUGUUCGAUCUAUUCCAGCACAUGACAAAAAACCCAAAUUUGAAUCAGAAUUGAUAUUGCAAACUACGAUGUCAUUGGCAGAAAUUAAAGCACUGGAAUGGGUGGAAGGAGUCAAGGAAAGAUUUUUUACCUGUCAUGCGGAUAUUGUAAACAUAGAAACAAAAUUUGGGUGGAAUUAUAUCUCAUGUCAACUUUGCAAGCGAAAAGUAAAACAAUAAAAUAAUAUGUUUUGGUGCAACAGUUUCAAUUCUGAAUCUCAGUUCCCUAUGCCUAGUUACAAACUACAAAUCCAAGUGAAGGAUCAUACUGGGAUAGCUUCUUUUGUUCUUUUUGAUAAAGAUGCAGAAAAAAUAAUUCAAAAAACUGCUAUGGAACUUUCUUCAAAAAAUCAAGAGCCAAAUAAAUUACCUCAAGAAAUUCAAAGCUUGCUUGGAAAAAUAAAUUACCUCAAGAAAUUCAAAGCUUGCUUGGAAAAUCUUAUACAUUCCAAAUAAAAGUUGAUGAUUACAAUGUCAAAGAGGGAUGGGAAGUUUACACUGUCACAAGUGUCUUUAAAUUUGAGUCUAACAAACACUCAGGAAAUGUUGUUGCUGACAACAUUCAGAUUAAACCAUCAGAAACACUGUUCAGCCAUGACCAAACUAUUGCAAACAAUUCUAUUGCUACUUCAGAUAUUAAAUUACUUACAAGCUUGAAGGAUGUAACCGAUGACAACCUAAUAGAUGACGUCUUUGGAAAUACACAAUUGAAAGAUCUUACAAAAAAAAGAACCUCCAAACAAACUUCAAACAACACAGGCAGCUCCCAGAAUAAGAAGAAGUGAUUGCAUAUCACAUGUCCUAAUAAUUUUACUUCUACUAUGUAAUACAUGGAAAAAUUAAACUUGCGUAUUAAGUUGUGCAUUUGUAUAAACUGAGUUACUGCAACUUAACAAUGGUGGUGGAUUUUGUUUUGAUUAUGAUUUGGAAAGACUUGGAAUGGUGCACUGGUUGUUUGGCACUGAAUGUGUUUGUGUUUGCUAUGUAUUGGACAGCUUCUUAUAAAUUGUUUGAACUCCACACAAUUUCAGCUGUACCAUUUCAUGAUAUAUUAUGAUUGUUUACAUUUCAGUUGAUUUUA